UCUUCUCGCAGUGGGCUCAUUUUUUUAUUACAUCAGAAAUAUCAUUCUGUUCGAGCUCACAACUUCUUCUCGAUCGGGACAACCUGUUGUCGAGAUUUCGUGCGUCCUGGCGCACGCCAACCGUAGUUUAUACAGAUGUUCCCAAGAGCGCGGUCCAGUCUGGCGCUAGCCAGGAGGGAGAAAAAUCUCUGCGUUCUCAGGCGGAGGACUCAGUGGGGCACUGUGCCACCAAGUCGGGGCGCUGUAUAAAUCUAUGAAGCGGGAACCCUCGCAGCGGGAUUCGGUCCGAUUCUCAGAGAGCCCGGGGAAAGAUGAGAAUGUGUUUAGUUUCUCCCUUCGGUUGCUUCGGUCCCCCGCUGGAUCGGGACUUGGUAGGAUCGAGCCAAGGGAGCUGCCGGAGUGGGGGUGAGACUAUAUAAUCUUGGGGUAGGUCGCCGAAGAAACGAGUCCUCCGAAGAGAAGACGCGUGUGCCGCGUCGUGCAGCGCGAGGGCGGAUUUGCUCGCGUCUAGUGGUGAAAAUCCGAAGCCGAAGAAAGAGUGCACCUGGAAAUGCCUGGAUUAAUUGGUCACGCUCGUUAUUAAUUGGCAGAAGAAUAGAAGAAAUUGUGAAAUAGAAGAAAUUGUGUGAAAUUGCUCUAACAAUGGCGCUCAUCGUUGUCAUCAGUAUUCUGUUAAUGACCGGAACGAAUCGAGUCCUGACCGAGGAGGAUCCAGAGAGCGUAGGAAAUACGCAAUGUGACGCGGCCAUCAAGCAAAUCGCGGAAGAGGACCUUGCGACGAUCAUCGACGACAGUUCCUCCAGAUUGCACUCUACGUGGCUGUCGCAAGAGUGCGAGGUGCGAGCCGGCCCGGAAUACAUCAUCAGAAAGUACAUGUUCUUCAACAACGGCACGUUUCUCCUGUGGCGUUACCAUUACGCCGAGGAAUCGUGCAGUAUAGCGACGCAUACUGUUGCUAUCCGUGGUUUCAUUAAACUGCUAGGAUCGUCUACCGUGGUUUCCGGUGCUACCGAGACGAAUUUUCAUGUGGACGCCGUUAAUAUUAUACCUCUGAAUCGACAGGUUGCCCACAAGUUCGGGCACAAACUGAACCUGGUUUGCGGUCCCCAACCGAGAUGGCGACCUUACGUCCCCGAGCUGAUCUAUGAGCAGCCUCGACAGGACUCACCAUUCUGGCAGGGCCCGGUCUACAACUCUCUGCAGGCGUAUUCGCCCGCGAAGAAACGAUUAGGCUUGCAGUGUCUGGAACCAUUUGGAAUUGAGUUCUCCGAGUUGAAGCUAUUGAGAGUGCAGAAGAAACAACUUGGACCGCCUGGCGACACUUUGUAUUCUGGGCCUCGUUAUCAGCUUUUCCUAGCUAGUCCCGCACCCAAUGUGCAUUCUCGCUGGAAUCACAAGCCGACGUCAUUGCAGCCCACGGCGAUGCUCCGCUCUGACACAGUGAACGGUUGUCCGAUAUGCGGCAGCGUGAUUCGGGCCACCGAAUACAGCCCACCCCUUCUUCACGAGGUGGCGGCCCUACCCGCGCUGAUCGGAGGUUACUGGCAUAGUGACAGAUGCGAGAGUUCUCAGGGCGGCAUCUGGCUCAAACGGCAACUUCAGAUACACUCGGGGGAUAAACUGUGGACCGGUCAAUGGGAUUAUUACGAUGAUCCUCAGUGCACGAUACCGCUGUACGCGGUGACCGCAGCUGGAAGCUACGUUCAGCGGGCUGGCAGGCAACGGCGUCACGAGGAGACCGAUGAGCAGACUUUUCUCGACUACUUCCGCAACGUCAACGCUUCUCGCAGGUUGUUGUUCAAGAGAAGUGUGAGCGAUAAUGCAGCUAGGAUCACCCGAAGUGGUCUCUAUCGAAAUAACUUGUACGCUGCAAGUAGAUUGUCGAAAAGAGUUGCUGUAAGAGGCAAAAGAGCAAAAAGACAGAAGAAGAGAUCGCUGAGCGAUAACGUUUAUCAGAUCUUGCACGACGCCAAGUCCUCCACGAUCCAAUCAAGAUUUGCGGCCAUGCUGCGAGGUCAUCAGGCGUACGACGCCACCACCAAGAAACCUUCCUCCAACUGGAUCGCGCCUUCCGGUACGACAGAAUUGGAUCUACACAUCGCCGAGAGCAUUCUGAUUCCCGGAGACGUGAUGCCCACUCGUUGCGGCGCCGAUCGGCCGGGUGCGCCGCUGAUCAACUGGUCGAGAAAUUGCAUUCCACGUGCCAUCGAGGCACCCUCGACUUUAGGGCUGCGAGCCAAGCUGAGCGUCAAUUGGACCGGCCAGUACAUCCUGCUGUUAGGUUCGCGAGACGACAACAUGUGGGAUGCUCCUCUGCGUCAAUGUGCGCAAAUUUCACCCCACAAUUCCGUCCUGCAGGCGCAUCUCCGCAGGAGCGUCGGUCUUCGUUUCGGAUUGCUCUCGGUCGCGACGACAAGCCGGAUCUCCGGUUGGUUGCUCCUCUCGCAAGUUUUACUGUGGUGCGCGUAUUAUCUGGCACGGUGAUAUCGGCCGACCAAGCCGCUAUCUUCGCCGAGAGAAACUUUUAGAGCACGUAGGUGCGAGAGGAAUCUUGGUUAAAUACAUGACGUUCAAACAUAGACUCUCUGGAAAAUUCCAUAGGAUCAUAAGUUUGUAUAUGUGUAAAUAGGGUUGGAGAAAUAUGGCGAUAAAAAAUUAUUAAAUCGAUCAUCAAUUUCGGUAUUUUGUUUCCGCUUAAUAUAUUUUUACAAAAGUAUCGUAUCGAUCAAAUAAGAGGAAUAAAAUUUAAGUAAAUCGGUGACCGAAAGCACUAACAAUAAUCAUGUAUUAUAAGUUUGUAAUUUUUUUUAUAUUAUUUUAUUGUACAUUAGAAUUGAUGCACAUACGUAUAUCUGCAAUUAGUUGUAAUUUAAUAAACUAGGUCAAGCUAUCGACGAUCAAGUCACUCGAUCGAAUAAUAA